AUGUUCCGCUGGUAUCAGUCAAAGUUGGCCAAACAGCCAAUUCUCACUGCAAGUGUCACCAGUGCGGUGUUGUUCGGUAGUGGUGAUGCUUUGGCCCAACAGGCGGUUGACCGGAGAGGUCUCCAGAAGCAUGAUUUCGCUCGGACGGGUCGCAUGGCUCUCUACGGUGGUGCCAUCUUCGGUCCCGCUGCCACGACGUGGUUUGCCUUCCUCCAGCGUAAUGUUGUCCUGAAAAGCACCAAGGCAACCAUCGUGGCCCGCGUGGCGGCCGAUCAGGGCCUCUUUACCCCCAUUCAUCUCACUUGUUUCCUGUCCUCCAUGGCUAUUAUGGAAGGCAGCGAUCCGAUCGAGAAGUGGUGCAACAGCUUCCUCCCCAGCUACAAGGCGAACCUCACUAUCUGGCCUCUAGUCCAGGGUGUCAAUUUUGCCUUUGUGCCUUUGGAACUUCGGGUGUUGGUUGUUAACGUGGUUAGCUUGGGGUGGAACUGUCUGUUGAGUAUGAUCAACAACAGCGACAAAUGA